AUGCGGAGCACCACAUUGAUUCUCAUAGCUGCUGUUAUGGCCUUGUACCUUUUGGCGGUCUUCACAGCCGUUGAAAGUUGCAAGGGCAAACCAUCCUCUCCUAAGUGCGUUGGAACCUUUGAUGUUGGCAAUAACCGAAGAAGAAAGUGUAAGAGAAAUGCUAAUAAGGAUAUGUGGCAUUAUAAUUCAGUGACUAAGAAUUGCACAAAACUCGAUUAUAAAGGAUGCGGAGGGAAUGAUAAUCGUUGGUGCAAGCUGCAAUUGUGUGAAGCCUGCCGAGGGAGAUAA